AUGCAGGCUCCUUCGCAGCACAGCGUGCUUGGUCCUCCGCACGCUCCUUUUCCUACGCAACAGAGUCGCGAUGAACGUCAACAGCAGCAGCAUCAACAAUCUUAUGGCAUUCCGCGAACCGACUUCCUCGGUCAACCUAUGGCUCACACGCCCCAUCAGCAGGCUCCACAUCACCCUCACAUGCAAUCGCAACAACCUCAGUCGCUCAUGACGCCACAGCAAAACCACCCGCAAGAGCUACACAAUUUCACGUUCCAAUCGCCUCCCUUCAAUUCAAAUGGCGCUCUUUCACAUCCUUCUCCGCACCACUUGUCUCCUUCAUCACAUCUUUCUUCGGUUUCGUUGCAGCACGCCCCAUCCAUGCAGCCUCCUCCUCAAACGAUUUCGCAACCCGGCAUGGGCACAGCUGGACCAUCUUCUACUCAGCAUCGACCCAGCUUGUCUUCGCUGCAAGACACGCUACUGUCAUCCGGAUCCAGCCAGCAUCACCAGCACCAACAACAACACCAUCACAGCAGCAACAACAACAACAACAACAACAACAACAACAGUCACGUCGCCCACGCAAAACGCAACUACCUCACUACCUUUGACGACCCCAUCGCUCAAGCGUAUAUUGCUGGACAGACUCUGGACGAGCCGUUCUACUCCGUCGCCCCGCCUGGCACUGAUUGGCCGGCGGACGGCAGUAUGCCGCUUGAUCUUAGUCUGAUGCCGCUUCUUUCCGGUGAUCCGGACGAUUCCUCGAUCCCCUUCACAGCGGAUCAGGCCGGCUACUUUGAACCCUUCGGCUCGGACAACCACGGUCUCAAUGGCGAUGGCACUGGCUCGUUUGAUUCGGCUGCUGCUAUCCUUGAUGACGCUGGCUUCGCGCGUUUCCACGAGAUCAAGACGGAGCCUGGCCUCGAAGGCGUGAAUGCGACUCAAGUAGACCAAGACCAGGAAGCUGCUUCCAAGACUCUGUCAGCGCAGGACAACAACGGCGCAAGUGGCAGCCUUACCGGACCGAGCUCGGCAGCAGCAGCAUCUAGGGACGGCAUCCCACCACGUCGACGCACACGUCGAAGGCAGAACAUCAGUUGUGAUCAGUGCCGUGCUUCCAAGCGAGGUUGCGACUUCCAGCUGCGUCUCGACGCGGAAGGCAACGAUGUCGCGCAGGCCGUUGCAGCCGGUGCUGGCCUGGGCCCUGGACAAGACGAGGAGCCACCAUCUGCAGGCAAUGCUGGCGACAAGCGCAAGAUGUCUGACGCUGGGCAAGAGGUCGCAGCGGGCAGUGCUCCUCCUGCUACCAGCAACGGCUCCAAACUCGUCUGCUCCAAUUGCCAGCGGCGAGGCAUCGAAUGCACCACCAACUUUGCCGACUCGGUGCGAGAGAGCAAGCAGGCAGCCCAGACCACCAAGGACGAGCCAGCUCCUCCGCAAGGCAGCAACAAGAAGCGUGCUGUGGAAGACGAGUCGUCUGAGACGGGAAGGCGAUCGAAAUCCAUCUCGAGUGAUGGCAGUUCGCCGGGAUCACAAGCUGCGCAAGAAGCGAGGGAACAGUUGCUCCAGACGUUCCAGAGUCGCAGCGAGUCGCAGAUGUUGACAAGAACGGGCGCUAACGUCCGCUUUGCGCAGCGCGCCGACUCGUUGCUGCUCACCACUAAUCGCAUGCGGUUGUACGUUCACACGGUGGAGCCCAAUGCGAAUCUGUGGCUGUCGAGGGCGUGCUCGCCGCUCCGGACCGACGGCGAUCUCGGGGCGUACAUCAAGAGCGCGAUCGGUCUGGAUGCACUCGAUCUGUCGCAGAAGCUGUGGGCCUCGUGGCACGUCGACUCGCCGUCGUCGCGGAAGGAGCACCAGCCCAAUUUGUUCUUCCUCGUGUACGGGCUCGAUCAUCUCGGCGGAGAGAUGGGCGUCUGGGGCGAGAAACCGGAGCAACAUCCGGUCGCUACUGCGGCGUCUCAACCCCGGGGCCCCGGGUCGGCGCAGGAGGCGUCGGUGCGGUUCAACGAUAUCUUUUCCGACCUUGUAGGAAUGGGUCCUGGUGGGUGGCGCAGAUCCAAGCGUGACCUUAUGAUUGACGAGGCGGUCAAGGCGGCGAUGCUGGCGUACGCGUGUCAGUUCCGCUUGGAUGACGAGAUGACGUCGACGGCUGAUGCUGACUCGGCUAAGGCAGUGGAUGGUAAGAACUACCGCGAUGCACACGAUCGGAUCGCUACGGCAGCGUGGAAGCGCGCAAGAUCGCUGAUUCUGCAGUUGGCGCCCAGGAGAUCGUGUCGACUGGCGUAUGGGCUGUUUCUGUUCGGCGUCACCGCUCCGCCGCCGGGUGCACUGGCAGAGGGCGGGUCGAGGUCGGGUGCGGAUGCGGCAGAGGAUGCGGCAUUUGCGCUCGAGACGGCGUCCCGUCACUUGGAGUGGUUUGUGAAACGGUGCCGGGAUUUGGUGAGGACGUCGGAGAAGGCGAGUCAGAAUCCGCUGCUCAGUGGAAUUCCGCAGGUGAAGGAGCAGCGGCGCAUUGCUGCAGAUCUGAUGGGGUUGGCCGAGUCGUUGGGGUGGUUUGGCCUGUUGAUUGAUACGGUGACGCACGUUUCUCAAGGGCGAAGGUCGAGUAUGCGCGAGGACAAUCUGGUGUACCAGUCGUCGGGGAUGGGGUCGGGCACCGAUGCUGGCGUGAAGCCUCACGGACUGGUUCCAUCUCCCGGAAGCAGCAAUGGAACCAGUCCGCCCGAUCGUACGGCAGAAGCCCUAUUUGCGAUGCAAGACACGCUCAACCUGCUACCGUCUCGGCAGGCGCCCCCGGGAGCGUUCCCAGGUACGUCAGAGUCAUACAUGCACGAAGACCCGGAGGACGACGGCAGUUUCCCCGUGGAUACCGAGAUGUCGAAACGGAUCAUGGAGCGCGCUGCGUGUGCGCGUGAUCUGAUCCCUGCGCUGUUGAGGAACCCGGGUGCGCUGGCCAACGCCAUCCCCUUCGACGUGCUCAUCGGCGCGAAAGAUCCGGACGCGGACGCUACACCGGGUGCCGGGCCGAUUAUCAACAUCAACAACCCCGGUGGUGGGCUUAACGAGCAGGUGGUCCUACUUGGAGUCGCGUGGGGGACAGCGGUGGAGGUGUACAUCUGGCGUCGUGUUGGGGUGCUGCACACGGCGACGGAGGGAUUGUUGGGCACCACGGAUCCCGUGCAGGCGUUGAUCGCGGGUGGCGGGAGCGUGGUGGGUGAGAAGAUUGAGAAGAUGGUCAUGAACGUCAUCGAGGCGGUGCGGCUGUUCCAUAGUAUCUUCGACAAGCUGAUCGCGAGGGCGUUGGACGAAUUCGUGCAUCUAUCACGCCAGGGUAGGACGAUGCUGUCGUUCUUCGUGAUACACAUUCAUCUCGGGGUGCUUCAUUUUGUGCAGUUGGCCAAGCGGUUGGAGGCGAAGGAGCUGGAGUUGAUUCAGGUCUGGAAUGCGGGCCAAGUUGCGCCGGAUGGCAAGGGCACGGACGUGGCGUUUUCGCCGUUGGAGAUGGGCAGUCCCGCAUCGGCAAAGAAGAGUGGGUCCCCGAUGUCGACUGCGUCCAAUGCUGCGGCCGCGGGCGCAUCACCGCAGAGUGUACCGCCGCCUCGACAGCUGCGCUCGGUGAUGCUGCUGUCCUCCGUCGAACGCAGACAGAUUGGCCGCUCGGCUGCACUGGGCAUGGCUCGCAUGGCGUCGCUCAUCAACGCCGAAUCGGCCAACCUCGAACAAGCGUCCAAAAUCGGCCGCUUGUCCCCGCAGACUCGGCCGCCGAAAGACGGUAAAUCCCGCAAAGGCCGCUUCUACGCCACCAACUCCUCCAGUACUCCGGACUACACACCCAUCGAAGACUCCGCAAACGCCCCCUGGAGACAUCCCUACCCUGCAAUGGUCGCCGAUGUCCUGAAGCUCAGCUGUCAGCAGCUGCACGACGAUAUUUGGGACCAGCUUAUUGCUGUUCCGCGCAACGAAGGCGAGUUGACGCUGUUGAUGGAUAACUUCAACGUGUUGUUGGAGGGGUUCGCGAGGAUGUUACAUGCUGUGCCCGGGCUGGGGAGCUACAAGAAGGUUUUGAGCGAUAUGGAGAAUGCCAGGGACACCGCGGCGUUUGUGGCCAGUCAACAGGGGUGA